UGAGGUUGACAGAAGAUCCUUCAGCAAAAAUCGAUUCAACAGCACAAAAUCAAAGAUGAACAAAACAACUACCAUGAUAACUAUCAUCCUGCUGUUGUGUGGUAUAACUGCACAAGGCAUUCCUCUGCCAGGAACUCAAGCCCGGUGCUUGUGCCCCAACACCAGCUCUGAGCUAAUCAAUCCAAAACUCAUCAAGAGCUUGAAGUAUAUUCCCAAAGGAUCACACUGUGAGACACUGGAGAUAAUAGUCAGCAUGAAAAAUGGAAAGAAAUUAUGCGUGAGCCCUGAUGCUGAUUGGUUGAAGAUUAUCAUUAAAGCUAAGAAAGGUGCCAAUUCACACAAGAGAGAACUGAAGCCACAAUGGGAUGGACUUAGUUCCAAACCUGCGAACCUGGAGGAUGAUGGACAGUGAAAUGAAAGUUGUUUUGUCUGGGAUAUUAAUUCCCUGCUAGCACCAUCUGAUGGCUUGUUUGAAUA